AUGACAUUCCUGUAUGAUAUUAGUUCAUCAUUUUCAAAAAGUUACUUAUCUUAAAGUUGUACGAAGAAUGACAGACGAUGACUAAAUGGUAGCGAUAAGGGGGGAAGCAGUUGAACCAUGGCAGACACCAGUUCAUCACCAUUGAAGCACUUUGUACAGGCUAAAAAGAAGAUUAACACAAUCUUCGAUCAACUGUUGGAGUAUGUUAAUGAAGGAGCAAGCUUUAUUAAAGAAUCUCAUCAAAAUGAAGGAUUGGAGAAGAUAACAACGCAGCAGCAGUUGGCAGAAAUAGAAAUGUUUGCGACUAAAGUGGCUGGAAUCAGUGACGUGCUGGCACGUAGACACAUGAAAGUGGCCUUUUUUGGGAGAACAAGUAAUGGGAAGAGUACAGUGAUCAACGCUAUGCUAUGGGACAAGGUACUGCCCAGUGGCAUUGGACACACAACCAACUGCUUCCUUAGUGUUGAAGGAACAGAUGGGGAGAAAGCCUAUUUGAUGACGGAGGACUCUGAGGAAAAGAAGAACGUUAAAACUGUUAACCAACUCGCACAUGCUCUGCAUCAGAAUGAAUACUUAGAUGCUGGUUGUCUAGUCCGUGUUUUUUGGCCAAAAUCGAAAUGUGCUCUUCUUCGAGAUGACUUGGUAUUGAUGGACAGCCCUGGUACUGACGUCACCACAGAGCUGGAUAGCUGGAUAGACAAGUUUUGUCUGGAUGCUGAUGUCUUUGUAUUAGUAGCAAAUUCAGAAUCAACACUUAUGCAGACUGAGAAACAAUUUUUUCAUAAGGUUAACGAGCGACUUUCCAAGCCUAAUAUUUUUAUCUUGAAUAAUCGUUGGGAUGCUUCUGCUUCUGAGCCAGAAUACAUGGAUGAAGUACGUCAGCAACACACUGACCGCUGUGUUAGUUUUCUUGUUGAUGAGCUUGGAGUAGUGGAUUAUGCACAAGCUGAGAAUCGCAUAUUUUUUGUUUCUGCUAAGGAAGCUGUUAAUGCCAGAAUUCACAAAGCGCAAGGAAUGCCAGAAGGUGGUGGUGCACUAGCAGAUGGAUUCCAGGCUAGGCUUUUUGAAUUUCAGAAUUUUGAGCGUCAGUUUGAGGAGUGUAUCUCGCAGUCAGCAGUGAAAACAAAAUUUGAACAACACACUAUCAGAGCUAAACAGAUCAUAGACACUGUGAAAAAAAUCAUGGAAUCCAUCAAUGUGGUUGCAGCAGAAAAAAGAGUCCUUUCCUUGGAGGAACGGGAGGACCACCUCGAUCGAUUAGAGUUUGUGCGCAGUCAGCUAACCUUGCUAACAGAGGACUGUAGGAAAAGCAUAAAACUCGUAACCGAAGAAGUAGAAGCCAAGGUUUCCACUGCAAUGACUGAUGAAAUCUGCCGCCUUUCUAUAUUGGUUGAUGAAUUUCGUGGAGACUUCCAUCCUUCUCCUGCAGUUUUAAAGUUUUAUAAAAAUGAUCUGCACAAGCACAUUGAAGAAGGACUAGGGAGGAACUUGGCUGAACGCUGUUCCAGUGCAGUCCAUGCUGCAUUGCAGACAGCACAGCUUCAAAUGAUAGGAAACCUCAAGCCUUUGCUUCCGUUAAAUGUUCAGAAUCAAGUCAAUGCACUGCUCCCAUACCAUAAAUUUGACCUCAGCUAUGACCUGAACUGUGACAAAAUAUGUGCAGAUUUCCAAGAAAAUGUUGAAUUCCAUUUUUCACUCGGUUGGACUUCACUGGUCAGUCGUUUCCUGGGACCCAAGACCGCCCGUAGAGCUCUACUGGGACUUAGUGACCCAACUUUUCAGAAGUUGGUGGUGAGCUUUUUUCAACUGCUGGAAAAUGCUGAUGCAUUUCAGACUGGCCACAAGUACUCUGUGUCUGAGUUCACACAAACAGUAGCCUUAUUCCAGCAACAGACUUGGCCAUGUGACCCCUCUCUAAAAGUCCUCCAGGCUUUAUGA